AUGAUUCUAUAUCUAAUUAUUUCGUUAAUCACCAUCAUCAUCACCACCAUCAUGCUUUAUCAAAGGUGGUGGACAUCCAACAUACCUCCAGGACCAAAGCCACGGUUUAUCCUCGGAAACAUUCAUCAACUGAAACCACAUUGGACUCAUUCUUUCUCCGAAUGGUCACAAACCUAUGGUCCCAUCAUAUCUGUAUGGUUUGGAACAAACCUCUCUGUCGUUGUCUCUAACUCUGAUUUAGCUAGAGAAGUGUUGAAAGACAACGACCAUCAGUUGUGUAACCGAGAAAGAGUAGCAAGGAUGACUCAGUCAGGUAAUGAUCUUGUUUGGUCUGAUUACAAUCCACAUUACGUGAAGCUGAGGAAGCUAUGCACGUUGGAGCUUUUCUCUCUAAAGAGCAUGGAGAGUUUCAGGUCUUUGAGAGAGAUGGAAACAACGUCCAUGGUCGAGUCGGUUCUCAAGGACGUGAUGAUAGAUUCAAACAAUGAUCAGACAAGAAAACCGCUGGUCGUGAGGAAGUAUCUAGCUGCUGUUGUUUUGAAUACAAUCUCGAAGUUAAUGAUUGGGAAACAGUUCAGCACAGAGGAAGGUCAAGAGUUCAAAGAGAUUGUCCACAAAGAACAUUAUCUCAGUGGCUCAGGGAGCUUGUUCGAUGUCGUGUGGUGGCUCAAAUGGGUUUCGAAGUGGCUCGUUAACGACAAAGACUUCUUGGCGCAUAUGGAUCGUAGAACAAAGUGGUUUAGAGGAGCUAUCAUGGUGGAGGAAGAUGUAGCAGUAGAGGAUCACGAGGGGUUUGUUAGGAAACUGUUAGUGUUGAAAGAGAAGAAAGAGCUGAGUGAAGAGACGGUUCAUGGAUUAAUCUGGAACAUGUUCACCGCAGGGUCAGACACAACAGCUGUUGUCUUAGAAUGGGCUAUGACAGAGAUGAUUAGAUGCCCUCACGUGCAAAGAAAAGCGCAGCAGGAGCUUGAUGCCGUGGUUGGAUCAGAGAGGCUAAUGACUGAAGCAGACAUCCCAAAACUACCAUAUCUACAAUGUGUGGUCAAAGAAGCUUUGAGACUUCACCCGUCAACACCAACAAUGCUUCCACAUAAAGCAAGUGAAACGGUAUGGUUAGGUGGGUAUAAGAUUCCUAAAGGAACCACGGUUUAUGUCCACGUGAAGGAGAUAGGACGUGAUCCAGUAAACUGGAUAAACCCUGAGGAGUUUAGGCCAGAGAGGUUUCUCUUAGAGGACACUGAUGUCAAAGGUCGAGACUUCAGGGUUCUUCCGUUUGGCUCGGGGAGAAGGGUGUGUCCAGCUGCACAGCUCAGCAUGAACUUGAUGGCAUUGGUGAUGGGGAACUUGUUGCAAUGCUUCUCGUGGAGUUCACCUAUUCCUGUGGAGAGUAUUGACAUGAGUGAGAUUCCUGGAUUACUUUGUGUCAUGAAGACUCCAGUGGAAGCACUUGCUUCGCCGAGAGCUGCCACUAGAGCUAUACCUUUGAAUAUGGGUUGA